UCAGAUCUCCUUUAUUUUAAAAAACUUAAAAAUUUCUUCAAUUUUGAUGGAGGGAGGGAGAUCGGGUCCUGCCGUUCGAACGCUUUUUUCGAUUUUCUUCCUCUGUUCGCUUGUAGUUUAGUUGUCUUCUCCUUCGCCGAAGCGAAUGCGACCCGUCCGAUCGCUCGCUAAGCCCUCGGAUUCCAAAGUCUCGGCGGCUCGGAUUUCUGGAAGAGCUACUUCUGUGAUUGAUCUGAUGAGAUUUGUGUGAUUUUGGAGCUCAAAUUGGUGGUGACUAGAAGGAAAAAAUAGUUGUUGCAGGAAAGAAAAUUCAGCAUUCGGCCCUUGCUAUAGGCCUAUUUUGCGAACUGGGGGAAUCCCAAAUAACUGCUGAAUUUAUUUGGUCAAACUCCCAUGCUAAGAUUUAUGUGUUCUUGCGAACAACAUUAGACAGUGAUCGUGAAAUUUGACUUUAGAAUUGUGACAGCUUUGAUGUUCUUUUCAAAAAUGUGCCAUGCCGUGAUGUGAAAACAUGUGGUUUUUGACCUUUCCGUUCAACUUGUCUAACUGGGAACAUAAAAGUCAGCAUUUUGAUUUAUGAAAUUUACGCCUGGAAGCAGAUUUGAAGCCCUGUUGAUGGAGUGGUGAAAACUAUUUUUCUAGGAGUGGAAAGGUGUCGAGGAGAUGAAAGGCGUGUCCUGGGGUCUGAUUAUAGGGGUGACAAUAGGGGUGGUGAUUGGGGUGCUUUUGGCUGCAGCUGCUCUCUUGUGUAUUAGAUUUCGCAAGAGGCGUGCACAGAUAGGGAGUAGCAGUUCAAGGAGGGCUUCGACCAUCCCCAUCCGUGCCAAUGGUGUCGACACUUGUACAGAACUCUCGGACUCAACAGCAGGCCAGGAGUCCCCCAAAUUUGCUGAGGAAAAGGGCACAUCCUCAUGGCUGGAGGGACCUAAGAGAAAGAAUUUGGUCUCAGUUUCUGGGAUUCUCAAAUACUGUUACAAGGAUUUGCAAAAAGCAACUAGUAAUUUUACAACAUUGCUAGGUCAGGGAGCAUUUGGUCCUGUUUAUAAAGCUCAGAUGUCUACUGGUGAGACAGUUGCUGUCAAGGUGCUUGCUACUAAUUCUAAACAAGGCGAGAAGGAGUUUCAAACCGAGGUUCUACUUCUUGGGAGAUUGCAUCAUCGGAACCUUGUCAAUUUGGUGGGGUAUUGUUCUGAGAAAGGCCAGCAUAUGCUAAUAUACGAGUACAUGACUAAUGGCAGCCUUGCUUCUCACUUGUACAGUGAAAAGCAUGAAGCAUUGAGCUGGGACUGGAGGAUUAAUAUAGCUCUAGAUGUUGCUAGAGGCUUGGAGUAUCUUCAUGAUGGGGUAAGCUCUCCUAUGAUAUCACUAGCAGAAAGUAACAGAGAAAGUGAGAAGUACAGUAAAGCUUUGUUUCUUUUGCUCGUUCUUAUGCAGGCUGUUCCAUCUGUAGUGCAUCGUGACAUCAAGUCUUCAAACAUUUUGCUGGACCGGUCCAUGAGAGCUAGGGUUGCUGACUUUGGGCUUUCACGAGAAGAAAUGGUUAGUCAUCAUGCAUCUAAUAUCAGGGGAACUUAUGGUUACCUCGAUCCUGAGUAUGUAUCGUCAAGGUCAUUCACCAAGAAAAGUGAUGUAUAUAGCUAUGGCAUUUUGGUUUUUGAGUUGAUCACAGGCAGGAACCCGCAACAGGGUCUUAUGGAAUACGUUGAGCUUGCUGCGAUAGAUGCUGAGGGAAAAGUUGGGUGGGAGGAAAUAGCAGACUCCCGAUUAGAUGGUAUAUUCGAUGUUCAAGAGCUCAACAAAGUGGCAGCCCUUGCAUACAAGUGCAUCAGCCGAAUCUCCAGAAAGCGGCCUUCCAUGAGAGACAUGGUCCAAGCACUGACACAUGUUGUAAAAGCAAGACACAGCAAGAAGCAUCGCGGCAAGCGAUCCUUGCCUGUCACAGUAGAGGAAGAAUCCACAGAUCAAGAACCAUCAUAUCUUCAGACUUCGGAUUCUGAACAUCACAGAGGGGAGUCAAUUGACAGCUUGUCCGAUUUGCCCGAUGUUUGAUAGACUUCUCUGCUAAUUUGUAGUUUUCUUUAAUUCUUUUGCUGUUGAAAGUUUUCUCCAUGACAAAUGUAUGGCGCAAGAAGAAAAAUGAGCUGUUGUAGUCUUCGAGGGUUGAUGGGUUGGGACUCUGAAAAGCCCUUUAGAUCUUAACUUCUUUGUAAUAUAAGCCAUUUCUGUAAUCAUUGUUCAUCUGCAAGGUAAAAUGGAAAGUGGUGCCGUUUCUUGGUUUUGACUUA